AAAAAGAGGCCUUCAAAAUAAAAGCUGGAUCUUGCCUGCUUGAUGCUACCGUAGCGAGCAUCACCCCAUCAACAACCAGACAGCUGUCAAGUCUACAACACAGCAAACGUCAGCCUCGAAUCGAGAAGUGACGGUCUGCAAUCUGCCAGGAUGAGUGGUGAUGGUGAUGGUUUCAACCCUGCUGCAGUGGCACAGCCAGUAGACGAUGUGCAAGGAGAUGGGCGGUGGAUGUCACAGCACACUCGAUUUGUGCAGGAGUGUAAGGAUGGAGAACCAGAUGUGCUUUUUGUGGGGGACUCGAUGGUACAGCUAAUGCAGCAGUACGAGGUCUGGAGGGAGUUGUUCUCGCCGCUUCAUGCCCUCAACUUUGGCAUCGGAGGCGACACCACCUGCAAUGUGUUGUGGCGGCUGCAGAACGGAGAGCUAGAAAACAUCCGUCCCAAGAUUGUGGUGGUGUGGGUAGGAACCAACAAUCACGAACACACGGCGGAGCAAGUCGCCGGGGGAAUUCUGUCGAUUGCAAAGCUGCUCACAUCCCGUCUACCCAAAGCAAAAGUAGUAGUGCUGGGUUUGUUACCACGAGGGGAGCGUCCAAACCCUCUGAGAGAGAAAAACGCCGGUGUCAACAACUUUCUGCGAUCCUGGCUGCCACGCUUGGCGCAGGCUCAGUUCCUGGAUGUGAGCGGGGAGUUUGUUCACUCCGACGGAACCAUCAGUCCGCAGGACAUGUUCGACUUCCUCCACCUGACGUCAACAGGUUACCGUACCGUGGCCAAGCCCCUCAGCGACCUCUUGCUUCAAAUACUCGAGGAGACGCCGGAGGAGCGACGGGCGUCGUUGGUUUGAGUAUCCGAGACCGAGCAGCGCCGGGGGGUCAUGUCUCGCGCGCUGAUGUGGGAGGAACGGGGGAAGACGUGCCUCUGGGUUCAAUAGCAGGAAGGCGUCCUGACAUGUCUUGGCGUUGAUGAGUGGCGGAUUGGUGUGGGUGCUGUAGAGGGGGGAGGGACAUCACUACACUCUUCAAAUGACUUACUGCCUGAGAUCUUGUGUGACUGCGCUCUCAUCAAAUGAAGUAUUUCCGAGCACCGUUACACACCAAUAUGUGGCAAAAUACAACAAACCAGUUUAUCUUCCUCGAUUACAUCCUUACGGUAAAAGGUUGGCUGCUUUACAACACUGUACAAUGUUUAUAGUCUGGUUAAAAGAGGGGGAAAAACAUCAUGCAAUAAAGUUUAUCCUUCCAUAAUGAUUUUUUAAAUAUGAAACAAAUAGCACAGCAAAAUAGCACAGUGGAUGUGUGUUUAGACACGCUACAAGAUGUUGAAUCAAGGUGUCAUGUUUGUUUGAUGCGCGGUCAAAACUUCAUUCAGCUUCACGUGGAACCUCUUUAAAUCCCAGCUGGACGCGAUGUUUAUCCCAUAAACAUAUAUUUUGCAACACAAUGUAAGACAGCUGCCAUUUUAACAAAUCUGUAUCAUGCUGGACAAUGAAUGGCACUCUCUCCCUCUCAUUCAGUAUUUUCUUUCUUACGCACCUCUUGUUGAAAAAUGUAUGUGGCUGUUAUCUUUUCGUCAUUGAUCUCUCACGCAACCCUGCCCCUAUCGGCCCCUCUUUGCUUCUCUACAUCAUUCCCCAACACUUGUAUGAAUAGAAGUUGCAGAAGCUACUGAAUAUUACUAAGCAAAAACUAUGCUAAAGUUUCACAAUAAGUCACAUACCGAGCUUGAAAUGAUACUGCUGUCUUAAGCUCUGUAUACAUAUGUACUAUGUGUGUGUGUAUGGAUGCGUGUCUGCGCCUUAAAUGUCCAUGGGAGCGGCUGUGUACAAAAUGACUGUCUUUUGGUUGGAGUGGUGUGAUUGUGUAGAAAUGACCCCAGUUGUAAAUAAGCUUUGUGGAGUUUUUUUUUGAGGGGGGGAAAGUGAUGUUUGAAGGGGGGGUUUAGAUUGUGGGUGUCUGUAGGUGUGAUACGAUACGUGCACUUGGUUGGCUUGU